ACCAGUCUAACUCAUAUUAUUUCGUUCCGGACUAUGUUAUAGCCUCCUGUUUUUAGUCCAUGCUCGUGCUUAAAAAAAAGCCCCCAUGCAUGCAUAAAUCUAACGGCGCGCCUCCUAUAGGCUAUAGCACUGCCGCAUGAGAAGAUAGCGCCCGCUGCAAUGAACCGCGCUUCUUGGUUGCUCCUUGUUCUGGUGCAGCUCUCUUGCUUGCACUGCUACUCAGCCACCCACCAUGGCGGCGGCCGGAAGCACGGACGCCCACUACUACCCGCGCCCGCCAACGUCGUCGUCGGCUCCGUUGUCGUCGUCCACUCCGGCAGCUCCGAGGCUACCACCACCGCCGUUUCUUCAGGCACCCUGGUCGGGGUCCGGUGCCACGACGGGAACGGCCGGACGGUGUUCCGGAAGGACGGCGUCGUGACGGACCGCAGCGGCAGGUUCCGCGUGCACCUCGCGCACGGGCCAAGCAGCUCAAGCAGCAGCAGCAGCCACCAGCUCCGGUCCGUCACGUCCUGCUCGGUGGCGGUGCACCUCCCGCAGGCGUCGCCGCCGUGCGUCGCCACCGCCAGCUCCGCUCGCGGGCUCCACCUCGUCGCCCACCACAACAAGCACGACCACGGCGGCGGCACUCGCGUCUUCUCCGCCGGCGCCUUCUCCGUCCGCCCGGAGCUCUGCAGCAACAAGGGCCUGUUCUUCCCGCCGGUCCCGCUCGUGCCGGAGCCACCCAACGUCGGCGGCGUGCCCAUCCCGCCCAACCCGGUCACGCCAGCCCCGCCGUCCCUCGUGCCGCCGCUCCUGCCUACCCCGUCUCCGCCGUCCGUCCUGCCACCGCUUGUCCCACAGCCACCGCCGUCGUCGGUAAUACCGCCGUUGUUGCCGUUGGUUAAGCCGCCGCCGCCGCCACCGCCGCCCCAGCUUCUUCCACCCCUGGUGCCGGUUCUUCCUCCGGGGGUGCCUGGCGUACCGCCGGCCUCCGCUUCAACGAAUCGCCGCCCCGUGAACGUGAAUCAUCCCUGAGAAAAAAACUUGGAGCUGUACUGUGUUGUCUUUUACAUUUACACGCACGUACGUACGAACUGCCGUCAGCUGUAAUUUUCUUGUUCGUCAAUCUGAGCUGUAAUUUUCUACUCUACCAAAAAUGAAACUAUUCACUAUA